CAGAUAGAAUCGAUGCAUGUUCUCACGUAGCAUAAAGUGUUGUCAAGAAGGUACUCUACUGAUACAAUGUCAAACCUUCACAACCUUGUAUAUUCCCAUCUUGUCAAUCCUUAAUUGUUACUUCCACUACACGUUUGUCUUAAUCCUCACCAAACCCUCUUUCAAAUUCAACCCAAAGUGACCAACUUUUAAAAGAAUAUAAGAAAAACCAAAUCCAUACAUUUUAGAUACAGAAUCUUUGACAUUUCAUUGUGGAAGUUUUUAAUGCAACAAAAGGUUUACCCACCCAUUUCCUCCUCCACUCCCCUCUGUUGGCCCCUAAAGAUCCAAUCUUUGGACCAAAAAACAGCUUCUAUGGGCGAUAUCCAUGUAGCAGGAAGACAAGAAAUGGAAAAUUGGAGCCAUUUUGGAGAAAGAGAAACUUUAAGAGAAAAAGAUCACCAUGAAGAAUUGAAGAUGGUAGUUUUGAUUCAAUGGGUGACACUAUUGAUUGAUAGACCAAAGAUUUUGCUUUCCCAUUUUUGCAAGAGCAAACAAGGAAACCAUAAAAGAAAAAAAGAAAUAGAUAUCAUUUCCCAUAUCACUAAUUGCUAAAUUGAAGAAGAAUCAUUGAAUACCCACCAAUAAAACAAUCACCUCCCUAUGCACAAAAUCAACAACCUCUCAUCAAUGGGUUCCUUUCCUACUCAUUUAUGAAAACAGCUUCCCCCAACUCCUGUCCACUUCUUGCUUCCUCUUCCCCUUUUGAGGUAAUCACCAUCUCUCCCUUUCCCCUCAAAUUUCCUAAAAAGCCCCAUUGCUAGUGAGAGCUGAAUUUUGAGCCAUUGCUUUGUCUUCCAUUUGUUUCUUCUGUUGGAUUCUACUGAGAACCCUCUUACUACAAGCUCAGACAAAGUGAUGCUCACGUUCUUCUUCUUCUUCAUUUGAGUCUUCCCCACAAGUAAAAGCUGCCCAUUUGUUAUCUCAAAAUUCUCUCUCAGACCCACUUUUGGCUCUUCUGGGUUUGAAGUUUUGGUCCCUUUUGGGCAAUGAAAUAGCACCCCACCACCACCACGAUACCACCACGCUUUAGCUCGUUGUAGUUUUCCCCCUUGGAAAAAAGCUUGCUCCUUUUUUAUCUGAAUUGCUAAAGAAUCUCAGACUUCAGUCUCACUGUAGGUGGAGUCCUUGUUAAAAUGGAGUUUCCAAAGCCCAAAAGUCCGAGGCAGGAGCUGUAGCUCUUGUAAGAAAGACUGCUUUCUUUUGUUUUCUAGAGAAAAAAGGUGCUUUCAGGGGGUUCCUUUCUGGUGUGUUUCUUUUGCAUGUGAAGAAAAAAGGGAGAGGAGCUUUUCUGGUUUCUGGCUGUUGAUUCCAGAUGGGUUUUGGCUCCUUCUUCUCCAUUUUGGUUCUCACUCUGUUCUUCAAGCUUUCAGCUUCUCAACAGCCCAACACAGAUGGGUAUUUCGUCUCUGAGUUCUUCAAGCACAUGUGUAAAGCUUCCUCUCCACUUUACAACUCCUCAUCUCCGGUUUGUUCCUGGCAAGGAGUGUUCUGUGAUUCCCAGAAAGAGUACGUUGUGGGCUUAGUGGCUUCAGGGUUGGAACUCUCUGGUCCAAUCCCUGACAUCACAAUUGGGAAGCUAAGCAACCUCAUGACUCUAGAUCUCAGCAGCAACAGAAUCACUGCUUUUCCUUCAGAUAUGUGGAGUUUAAGCUCUCUCAAAACCCUCAAUCUGUCUUCUAAUCAGAUUUCUGGCUUCCUUCCUAACAACAUUGGCAAUUUUGGUGGGUUGGAAACACUUGAUUUAUCUGGAAACAGCUUAAAUGGGGAAAUCCCUCCGGCUGUUGGGUCUUUACGCAGCUUGCGAGUUCUUAAGCUUGGUGGAAAUGGGUUUGAAGGUAGGAUUCCAAUUGAGAUUCUGAGUUGCUUGUCACUGGUUGAAUUGGAUCUCUCCUUGAAUAAGCUAAAUGGGUCAUUACCAGAUGGAUUUGGAACUUCAUUGCCAAAUCUCCAAAGGUUGAAUCUUGCUGGAAUUGGGAUUGAAGGAAGAGACUCUGAUUUUUCGGAGAUGAAGUCUUUGGCUUUUCUCAACAUUUCUGGGAAUUUAUUCAAAGGUUCAGUUUUAGGUUUGUUUCAUGAAGGAUUAGAGGUGAUGGAUUUAAGCAGGAACAAGUUUGAAGGUCAUAUCUCUCAGGUACAACUCAGUUCCAACUUGGUUUAUCUAGACUUGUCAGAGAAUGAGUUGAGUGGAGAAAUGUUUGGGGAUUUCAGUCAAGCUAAUAAUCUCAAGCAUCUCAAUCUUGCAUUAAAUAGAUUCUCCAGGAAGGAAUUCCCAGAAAUCACUGAGGUUCGGGGUCUAGAGUAUCUGAACUUGUCGAAAACUGGCCUCAUUGGUUCGGUUCCUGGUGAAAUUUCCAAACUUGGGAAUCUCAAUACACUUGAUCUCUCUGAUAAUCAUCUCACUGGGGAUAUUCCUUCUUCAUUGACCAUGAAAAGCCUCCAAAUUCUGGACAUUUCAAACAACAACAUGUCUGGCGGAAUCCCUUCACAAGUGCUUCAGAAGCUUCCAUCGAUGUUGAGCUUCAACUUCUCUUACAACAACUUUACCUUCUGUGGUGGUCCGGAAAUCUCGUCCGAGAUGGUCCAAACUCGGUUACAUGGCUCAUCAAACAGCUGCCCCAUUGCUGCAAAUCCAGAUCUCUUCAAAGAAAAAGCCCGCCACCACAAGGGACAAAAGCUUGCCAUAGCAUUAACCAUCUCGAUGGUCACCUUGCUCGUUGCUCUACUGCUGUUCUUAGCCUUUGGCUGCAGGAGGAAGUCCAGAAUGUGGCCAGUGAAGCAAAUGUCAUACAAGGAAGAACAGAACAUUUCGGGGCCCUUCUCUUUCCAGACCGAUUCAACAACAUGGGUUGCUGAUGUGAAGCAGGCUAAUUCGGUCGGGGUAGUGAUUUUCGAGAAGCCAUUGUUGAACAUCACAUUCGCUGAUCUCUUGGCAGCAACUUCAAACUUCGAUCGUGGCACUCUUCUAGCCGAGGGCAAGUUUGGUCCUGUCUAUAGUGGAUUCCUACCCGGUGGAAUCCAUGUAGCUGUUAAAGUACUUGUGCAUGGCUCUACAUUGACAGAACAAGAAGCUGCUCGAGAGCUCGAGUACCUCGGUCGAAUCAAGCACCCUAAUCUCGUCCCAUUGACUGGUUAUUGCCUUGCUGGAGAGCAGAGGAUUGCCAUCUAUGACUACAUGGAGAAUGGCAACUUGCAGAAUCUCUUGCAUGAUCUCCCACUCGGUGUUCAAGCGACUACAGACGAUUGGACCACCGAGACAUGGGAGAAAGAUGACAACAAUGGGAUCCAAAAUGUGGGCUCUGAAGGUUUGUUAACAACAUGGGCAUUCAGACACAAGAUUGCUCUCGGGACAGCUCGUGCCUUGGCAUUCCUCCACCAUGGAUGCUCUCCACCAAUCAUUCACAGAGAUGUCAAGGCCAGCAGUGUCUACUUGGACUAUAACUUGGAGCCAAGGUUGUCCGACUUUGGGUUAGCUAAGGUCUUCGGAAAUGGGUUGGACGAGGAGAUUGCUCGUGGCUCGCCUGGUUACUCGCCACCAGAGUUCUCUGACCCAGAUUAUGACAUUCCAACACCUAAGUCUGAUGUCUAUUGCUAUGGGGUCAUUCUGUUUGAGUUGAUCUCAGGGAAGAAGCCGGUUCAAGAUGACUACCAUGAAGAGAGAGAUGGGAGUUUAGUUAGUUGGGUUAGAGGGUUGGUGAGAAAGAACCAAAGUCUGAGAGCUAUUGAUCCAAAGAUUCGAGGUACGGGAUUGGAUCGAGACAUGGCAGAAGCUCUGAAGAUUGGUUACCUAUGCACAGCUGAUCUUCCAUCGAAGCGGCCGAGCAUGCAGCAGGUAGUUGGACUUCUUAAAGAUAUUGAACCAAGAAGUUAGGGAAGAAAAGCUUGCUCUUUAUUUAUCGCCCUUACUUUAUAAGUUAAAUCCAUUUUUCCUUCAACAUUUUGCUGUGUGAUAUGUACAGUAGUUGUAGAAAGAACUAAGAAGUCCUUGAAACAGAUGUUUUAGGGCAGAUUUUCCAUCCUUUUCUUUUGGUUCCUAUGAUGAUAUGCUCACCAUCACAUCCCCACAUUGUCAUUGCUGGUAUCACAGAAGGUUAAUUGAUACAUUGAAAAAAGUUUCAAUCUUUGGAAACCAACACUGUGUUUACAGUGCAGUUAUUCUAGCAUUCAUGAAGCUGCCGCUGUUGAAUUGUUUGGGCAGGGAGCCAAUAUUUAAGCAGGGACUCAGCAAUGGUUGGUUGCUGCAGAACCAGAAUCGGGCCAAUAAAGCAUUCGGGUUCUAUUCAGUACGAUCUGAUUUGAACCCGAAACCAAUAAGUUCUUAAUCCUAAGUAUCAAAAUCGAAACAGAUCCCGGCACCAUAAGUUCUUAAUCCUAAGUAUCAAAAUCGAAUCAAAAUGAUACUCCGAACCAAUCAAGAUCCAGAAUUCAAUUCCAAGUCCAGUUUGAGAGCAUCUGUAUGAUCGUCGCGGCGACUUGAUAUUAGGGAUCUAAAACUUUGAAGCGAAUUAGUGGAAGAAACUAUGAAGUAGGAGUGGUAAAGAAGGUGGUCCUGGCGUGAGUAAGAGGGGUUUUUGUUGGAUUGGCGUGAAUUUCUUCCCCUAAUUCGCUUCAAAUUUUCAGAUCCCUAAUAUCAAAUUGCCACGACCAUCAUCAACAACACUGGCUGGCUGAGAGCCAUAAAUUUGGUCAUAGGAACUCUGUUGGUUCAUCUUCACAAGAGAGGGGCAUAGAACUAACAACAUUUGGGCAUGUGAUCUGCAUUAUGAGCCCUAGUGUUGCUUGUAAGGUCUUCAUGUGGGGGAACCUGCUUGUGAUGUUCUGCAAUUAGCAUGAUUAGAGGGGAAAGACUUAAAGAAUGAAAGGUGGCAGAGCAUGAGAAAGAAUAGAGGUUUAUUCAUAAUAAAUCCAAUUCUCUGACACACAAAUGGUGGUAAGCAUGAUCUCUUUGUAGGAAGAGAAGAAACAAAUAGGGGAAAAGGGAUUAAGUUCUCAAGUUGAUUGGUUAGUUUGUUUAGUCAUGCAUGUGCUGACAAGUUUGACUGAUUGCAGAGAAAUCAACUCUUUAAUCUCCUUUUCUUUCUAGUACUUUUAUCACCAAGUAUAUGUUUAAUCCAUGUAGUAUUUUAGUUAAACAAAUCCUUAUGCUACUUCUAAAAGCAACAUAUUUAGCAUGCAACACCUAAUUCAGAAAGCACAUGAUCAAAUUACUUACAAGGAUGAACUACCAAAAGGAAACUACCCAAGUAUUCUAGCCAAUCCAAUAUGAUUGAUUGUUAUUAUUAUUCAAUGGAGGCCGGAGCCAAGAAUGAGGUAUACAUAGUAUAGCGAUUAAAUAGGAAGGGAGAUAGAUAGAAGGAUGGACAAAUUCACCCAUCAACAUGAGAGAACAUCAAAAUAAUGAAGAAAAUCCCAAUGCAAACAACAGCGGAGAGAAAUGAUCAUAAGCGGGGAGAAGCGUUUAGACGAUCAAGACGGACGUGGGGGGCUUCGACGCAUGGUCAGAGUCUAAAUGUAAUUAAGGCUCUGCCUUUGUUUUUCCGUACACGAGAUAAUUCUUGGAGAUUUGGUGGCAAAAACGAUUUCAGGAUCUUGCAGGGUGAUUGAUAAUUAUUGAUCUAUACCUUCGAGAUGCAUCUUCAUUACUCAUUAGCGACCCUUGAAGAUAUUUCUUGCUUCUAUUAGGUGAAAUUCCUUAUUUAUGCUCAGUUUGGUGAUGGGUGUCAAUGCUACUUAUCUUGGUUCUCUUACUCGGUGAUAGGCCGAUUUUGUUCUUCAUAUUUGAGAAGGUUUCAAGGGUUGAACUUACACAAUAUAAAUUGGUCGGUGGG